AUGAACGGAAAUUUCAAUACAUCUUUACCUCAGCAAGGCGCUGGAGUAGCAACCACCAUGCCUGCUACUGCCGGUGCUCAAUCCCAGUCGCAGUACCCCCAGUCUCAAGCUCAACAGGGGCUGCAACAGCCAUAUGGCACAUACUACAUGUACAAUCAACAAGGCCAACAAAAUCCGCAACAGCAGCUGCAAGCUGACUAUUCUUCAUAUAGGCCUCAAUACCAGUACCCGUCGUCGCAAACUGCGGGAUACUACCAAUCUGGCCCAACGCAGUUAUCCCAGGCACAGCCACUGUAUACUAAUACCAGCACCGCUAGAAACUAUACUAGUGCUCCUACAGCAGGGGGGCCGCAACCACCUUCUACGACAUCGUCCAUCCUGCAACUGCAACCGCAACUGGCUGCAGCACCAGCAACUCAAUCCACCCCACUACAGGACACGUUGAACCCUACAAGCACGUCUACCAUCGGCCAGUUUCAGCCACCCGGUAUAAGACCACGCGUCACCACGACCAUGUGGGAAGACGAAAAAACGCUUUGUUACCAAGUGGAUGCCAACAAUGUCAGCGUUGUGCGUAGGGCCGAUAACAACAUGAUCAACGGCACCAAGCUUCUCAACGUGGCGCAAAUGACAAGGGGAAGAAGAGACGGUAUUCUUAAGCUGGAGAAAGUUCGACACGUGGUGAAGAUUGGAUCGAUGCAUUUGAAAGGUGUUUGGAUUCCUUUUGAAAGAGCGUUGACGAUGGCGCAACGCGAAAAUAUCGUGGACAUGUUGUAUCCGUUGUUUGUGAGAGAUAUCAAGCGCGUGAUACAAACGGGAGUUACUCCCAACACUGCCGCUGGUGGUGGUGGUGGCAGUGGGAGUGUAUCGGCUGCCGUUGGUAGUGCAGGAAAUGGCUCAGCUGGCGGCGCUUCAACAGCAGAUGCAACCACCGCUGCUACUACUACAACUACAAGCCCCGUCACUAGCAAACUCAACCCCAACGCCAAUCCCCAACAAGGAGCCGCUUACUACCAAAACUACACCCAGCAAUACCCACAAUCUUCAUACACUACUCAGCAGUAUAACGGGUCCACUAGUCAGCAGCCUCAACAGCCAGGUGUAAAUGAACAACAACAACAACAACCACAACAACCACAGCAUCCUUACCCUCAACAGCCUCAACUGCAACAGUAUACCAAUUACCAACAAGGAUACUACCCCAACGCGAAUGCCGCAGCAGCCACGGGCGGACAAUACUAUCCAUACCAACAGCCUUACAACAGCAGCUACCCACAACAAGGAAGUUACAACAACUACGUUUACCAGCAACAGCAACAAGCUGCCGGAGCCGGGGGUGCCCCACCCAGCGUUGCCGGCACUGCAGCUCCUUCAACCCAACAAUCGCCGCUCGUUCAGCAAUCUACCGCGCAAGCUUCACCAGUCCAGGGCUCAGCCAAAGAAGAGAAGUAG